CGAUGUUUGGAGCUUCCAGUCCGGGGUUGUUGGGGGUCGUCGUCAUCUAUUCCAACCCCGGAGUCUUGCACUCCUCACGACACACUCCACGCAGCCUAAUGACGGCUUUUUGACCAAAUCCACAUCUUGGGGUUUUGAUGCUCGUGACCCCCCCAACAAAAUGAGGGGAGGCACAGGACAGAAGUUCGAGGCGGCAGCGACCGUAAUUGCAGGCGUCGCGUCCCUCGUCGCGACGUUGAUGUCUAUCGUCUCGAUAUGGCUGCAAACGAAGAACUACCGGAAACCUCUGCUCCAACGAUAUGUGGUUCGCAUCCUGCUCAUGAUCCCCAUAUACUCGGUUGCUUCCUGGACUAGCAUGGUCUCACGGACAGCGGCCGACUUUCUUAGUCCUAUCCGAGAUAUCUACGAGGCCUUCACCAUCUACACCUUCUUCCAGUUGUUGAUCAAUUACCUCGGUGGCGAGCGAGCCCUCAUCAUCAUGACCCACGGUCGCGAGCCGGUUGACCAUCUGUGGCCGCUCAACCAUGCUCUUCCGCGCGUCGACAUCUCCGAUCCACACACCUUUCUUGCCAUAAAGCGCGGUAUCUUGCAAUACGCGUGGCUAAAGCCGACCUUGUCGCUGGCGGCGAUCAUCAUGAAGGCCACCGGCACAUAUCAGGAGGGCUAUAUCGGGCUUAAUUCGGGCUAUUUCUGGAGCGGCAUAAUCUACAACAUCAGUGUCACCGUCAGUCUUUACUCGCUGGGGCUGUUCUGGGUUUGCAUGCACAACGACUUGAAACCCUUCCGGCCGGUCCCCAAGUUCCUCUGCGUCAAGCUCGUCAUCUUUGCGUCGUACUGGCAGGGCUUUUUCCUGUCUAUUUUGGUCUGGCUAGGUGCCAUUCCAGACCAAGUCGAAGGCUACACCCCCGACAACCUGGCCGCAGCCAUCCAGGACUUCUUGAUCUGCAUCGAGAUGCCGGCAUUUGCCGUCGCCCAUUGGUACGCCUUCUCGUGGCAUGAUUUUGCGGACAACCGGAUCGCUUCAGCCCGGAUGCCGGUACGGUAUGCGGCAAGGGAUGCUUUUGGAAUCCGCGACCUCAUUCAAGACUCCAAGGAAACAUUUUCGGGGGAUAAGUACGGAUAUCGGAUUUUUGACUCGGGAGACAAAAUUAUGGCCCACGAGGCCUCCCGGUCACGGCUCGCUCGCAUUAAGGACGGGAUGCGGUAUGAACGAGGAGGCAAGGGGAAAUACUGGAUACCAAGGCCGGAUGAGAUCAACCAAACGACACCACUCCUAGGAGCCAACGGCGAGCCAAGCAGGAGGAACGGAUCGCUAUCUCCACACACUAACAGCCACGAAGAGCCGAUACUUGACCCCAGCGAAGAGCUUUUGUACGAGAGUGCGAGAAAACUCGAGUACGGAGACUGGAAUUACCCUGUCAUCACAGCCAGUGAACCGGCGAGCGUGCGGUAUAUGUCGCCGCAUCCCAGUCUCUAUCAAAACACACCCACCGGGAGCUUUUAUCAACGCGCCUCGUCGAGCUCCGUUCCAGCCCUAGAUCCAGAUGCCCCUCUAGAGAGGCGGAAAAAGCAGGCGCCCGAGGGAACCCAAGCCGGCGUCGGAGAUAAGAAGGGCAAGAAGAAAGCGCUUGAUGAAGCCCAAAAUCCCGACUCGACGCAUGAAGCGGGCAUGGACCCCCUUGAGAUCGCGUAUGGUCCCACCAUCGGGACACAUGCAGAGAUUACAAAGGACGACUUCAAAGUCGACACGGACAGCGGGCUGCACAAACCUCACCAGGAUUCCACAAGGCCAGCCCGGCAGAGCCACGUCCCACAGGAAGAUGAUAAGCCGACAGGCGUGUCCCACGAUAUAGAGGAGGGGGAGGACAGCGAGAUGGAUCGCAGCCCUAGCCCGAAGUAUGGCGUCGAUGGAGAGGACGAGUUUCGAAAUGUUUGGGGGAGGUGAUAAAUCACGAUUCAUCAUCCGCUUCAUUUUUUUUUAUUCUGGGCGGCGGAGUUGUUGGGGCACGUCAUCUAAUACCCCGUCAGCCUCCAAGAGGCUAUGCUUCUGUAUGUAUGUAUAUAUGGAUGGUUCGGGCAUUGCACUGGAGUUGUUAUGGGAUCUGUAGUAUUGUAAACGGGUCAUCCGUCUUCUUUUAUUUACAUAUUUGCUUGCGAG